GAUUGAACGACACGAGGUCACAAUGAGUCAACUUAGAGUUCAAUGUCGAACUUCAAAUCCAGUACUUAUCACCUAGCGUCGGAAGGUCGGAAGAUGACAUCUCCCACUCGAACGGACAAAUCGCAAUUUCAUCCCGAUUUCUCUUCAUUCAUUCCCGAAUACUUACAGCCUAAGAGAUCGGUCAGGAUCGAGGAACUCCUUCUUUCUAAUAAACCACUGUUGGAGUUUGAAAGGAAAGAAUUCCUCCAAACUGCUAAAAUAUCGGCAACGCGCCAGUUGUUGGAUUUUUUGGCGUCUGAAAGGAAUCAAGCUGUGUCCAACAUCUCGGACGCAAAAUCUCUUUCACACCCCUUGCGCAACCUGCCGGAUGAUGUGCUGCGUGCUAUCUUUCGGGCUUGUACCAAGUCCGUAGACCAGGCGUUCGAUGGGGGAUAUGCCAGUCUAAAUCCUACCGUAGCCGUUGAAUCGAUCCAACCAAAUCAGUCACCAUGGACCCCUUCCUUUGUCUGUCAACAAUGGAGAGCCGUUGCCAUUCACGAUGCAGAGUUGUGGUCUCUCACUGAGCUCGAUCUAGAUAAAAGACCUAAAGACAAUGAGCUGGCCAAGAACCGCGUGUUCAGACUUGGUUUAUCAUUGUUCCGAUCCAAUGGUCAUGACCUCUCCAUUCGUCUCCAUGGAAAGGAUGGCGUUCCGUACAUCUCUCCAAUGCUUCAAAUUCUGCUCCCCACCGCUCCGUAUUGGAAGCGACUCUCCGUGUGUCUUCCUCUCUCCUCAUUCCAACACUUUUCUGUGUAUAAGGGCUAUCUAAAUCGCCUAGACACCCUUUACGUAGGCAUUGGAAACUGUGACAGUGCCGACCACCUCCAUAUCGACGCCUUCCGGCUCGCUCCGAGCUUAAAGGUCGUUGGAAUGUUACUUGAGCACUGGCCCGUAGCAUUCACACACAUUUCCAUUCCUUUUUCAAGAAUCACAUCCUUUUUAUCUGGAGGUGGCAAUCUGUAUACAUAUCAGUCCCUCAGAAGACUUCCGCGUGUACGGAUGCUCACCCUCGUAUGCUGGCGUAACUUCGUUGAGCUCGAAGUGGAGCCUGCGGAGCCAAUCACUUUACCCAACGUGACUUUCCUUCAUCUGUUGGCAUUGCGCCUACCCAAUUCUUCAUCCAGUGUCAAUCAUAUGUAUUCUCUCCUCAUCAUCCCGUCUCUUCAAUUCCUGAAGAUAUCCUUCUUCGGAUCAGACCAGAUCUUAUUUGUUUACCCAGAUUCAUACCCUAUCAAAACACUUACUAUUGAGGUUCACAAUCAAUCACAGGAGGCAUGCACUGGGCUGCCUGACAACCUUCCUCGUUUCUUACGUCGAACUCCUCAACUGGAGGAGUUGCACAUCUUGACGAGGGCCACGAAUUUACCAGAUCAAUGGAUCAAUGGUCUGGUAUACACUUCAGAGCAUGAUGCAGUAGCUCCGUGUCUCCGUGUUUUAAGUAUGCCAAGCGGUCUCUCAGCGGGGGAUUUGUGCUGCCUUGUCAAUGUCAUAGAGUCCCGGAGGAGAAAGUAUGGCUGUUUGUCAGACGGUGGACAAUGCAUGUUGUUAGAGAAAGCAGUACUUGGGCCCGAACCUUUACAGUUUAAUUCUGAGGAGCUCUCAGAGAGAUGGUCGGCACUGUGUACAGGGGAACUAAUUGUCACGCACAGAAACAAGUGAGGUGGAAAUUUUCAUGUGAAUACGAAAGAACCAAGAAUAAACUUCAGUGACUGAUGCAUUUUUAUUUCUACUGAAAACCCAGAAGAAACAUUGACUGAGCAUACCGAUGCUUUAUUAGUUUCAUCCUUUCAUAUUCACCAAGACGGCAUGAAUAUAUACUUUCUUUUUGGAAUACCGACACUUGUAUGGCAACUAUGCUUUCCUUCAUUAAUGUACUCAUAUAGGCAUUCUCCGGUCAUGAAUACUAUC